AUGCCUGCCGCUUGUUCAUCAGAUGGCCAUCUGAUGAACGUUUUGGAGCGUCCACAAGGGUGUGGAUGUACUACGAGUGAGUGCGAUGGCCUCACUUGUGGUAUGGUCGUUAGUAUGACUGCACAAAACCUUAGUGUAACAAACGGUUACACUUCGGAGCAAAGUUCAGGCGGCUGUGAGGAAACACAGGCUGCGCCGAAGUUCCACCACUCGAAUAAGUCGAGUGGACUGGGACAAAGAUGUAUCCCUAGCGGGGAACAUCUAGAAGAGAAACAAUCGAUCGCUCAGGUUAAGCGAAACGAUAAUCCUAGAUCGACUGGAGAGUCUUUCGUAGAGGAUAUCGCUGUGGUUGCGCAACCCCAGCUAGAGGAAGUAAAGGGAAUAAGUCCCAAGAUUACAGAUACGGCGGAAAUAAGUUCCCCGAAACCCGAGGGAAUAAGUCCCCGGGAAGCCGAAGGAAUAAGUCCUUCGAAGCCUGAGGGAAUAAGUCCCCAGGAAAUGACAGAGACACUGAAUGUCAUAGUCAAUAACGGAUCAAGCGUAGGCGCUUAUACACUUGAUCUGAUUGCGCCUCCGAAGUUGACUUCGGAGAUCACUCAGUUGCCAACGCUCGAACAUAAAAGGUUCUUGCGUGAUCUGCUUAGUGGCAAAGUCAAGCAGAUCUGCGUACUCGUCGCUGACGACGAGUGUGUAACCGACAUAAGGUCAGCAACAGUGUCUACUGAGAACGAGAGAGUUCUCAGUAGUUCAUCUAUGGACGAGAGUGUCCUAGACGAAAAGACACGAAUUGAGCGAUAUGACUCCCAAUCGUGGGAAUCGCUCAAGACAAAUUCUCUCUACGAAGAUUUGGUUGAAUUCAAGGACGUAUUCCCUGAAACGGUUCCGUGCGAGUUACCUAAGGAUAAAGGUAUUCGACACGAGUUCGAGCUUAAACCAGGCUCGAAGUACUGUGUCAUGAAGCAGUGGCCACUGCCUCGUGAACAAGUACUUGUGAUCGACAAGAUCUUUGCCGAUUGCUUAGCUGCAGGCCAUGUGAGGGAAUCAACUUCCCCACAUAGCUCUCCGACCUUCUGUGUGCAAAAAGCAACAGGAGGGUGGCGGAUAGUGCAUGCAUUUAGCAAGUUGAAUGCUGCAACGGUACCGGCUUAG